AUGAGUCGACCUUUAUUAACUCCAAGGAGACAACUUAAAACAACUGAUACAUUCGAGCCCGCAGUUAGUGAAUUUCUUAAAAUGCCUAUUUCAUUCGAUAAAUUUGAAGCAAAUCCUAAAGAUCAAAAUGAAAUUCCAAAGAAGAAACAUCUUUCAAUCAGAGAAAGGUCUAUAUCAACAGCAAGAGAAUACCAAUCAGAUAGAUACCUUGAUAAAAGACGUCGUACUUUUGAUGUUGCUUUUGAAAGAAAAUCAAAGCUUGCUCAUGAACGUUUGGAAAAGGAAUGGAGUGAAGCACAAAGAUUGCGUGAUUGGAAAAAUACAAUGGCAAAACGUGAUUUAAAGAAAAAGACUAAAAAAGUUGAUAAUCACGUUAUAGAAAGAAUUGUUCAAGAGAGAAAUGAGUAUUACCUUUCCGCAUCAGCGGAUCCUGGAGUUCCUCCUAAGCCAAACGUUCCAAAUAUUAGGUCAAUUCCAAAAGAAGUUCGUGCAACAACAAUGUACUCUGCACGCCCUCAAACUGCACGUUCUUUCACAAGUUUUCAUUGA